AUGCCCCUCGCGCGCAAAAGGCUUAUUAUUCCCGCCUUUAUUCUCACAUUCGUUAUAUACAUCCUCUUUGACGACAUUGACCUUGACGGGCCUCCUCCCGACUAUCCCCCGGACUUUCCCCCUGGCCAUCCGCCUAACUAUCCGCCCAACCAUCACCCCGACCGUCGUCCUAUCCCCGAAGUCGAGCUCGACGAACCCGUUCACUGGCACAAACUGCACGAACAGUACCCGGUAAAAGAAUUCAUUGCGCUCCCCAGCGAUACGCCGUCGAAGCCAAUCCCCAGAAUCCAAUAUGACUUCCCCAAGGAAGACGCAUCGGACCGCAAGCAACGACUCGAUAGGCAGGCCGCCGUAAAGGAAGCCUUUCUACAUGCGUGGACAGGCUAUAAGGAGCACGCCUGGCUGAAGGAUGAGGUGUCGCCCAUAAGUGGGAAGUUUGUCAACAGCUUCUCGGGCUGGGCGGCCUCGCUCGUAGACACGCUGGACACCUUGUUGAUUAUGGGCCUGGACGACGAGUUCCAGAGGGCCCUGGAAGCCAUCGAGGACAUUGAUUUUACGACAACGGCUGAUCAGACUAUCAACGUCUUUGAGACUACUAUUCGCUAUAUGGGGGGCUUCAUGGCGGCCUAUGACUUGUCAGACGGCAAAUAUCCGAUUCUGUUGAAGAAGGCGCAGGAGGUGGGAGAGUUUGUAUAUGGGGCUUUUGAUACCCCAAAUAGGAUGCAUGUAGCCCGGUGGAAAUGGAAGGAGUCCCUCAGGGGAACACCGUUGCGAGCUUCACAAAAAACUCUCUUAGCAGAAGUGGGAUCGCUAAGUGUUGAGUUCACCCGGUUAACUCAGCUCACGGGAGAUCCAAAAUAUUUUGACGCCAUUCAACGUGUCACCGAUCAUCUAGAGAAGGCUCAAUCGAAGACCGGUAUUCCAGGACUGUGGCCCAUGACAGUCGACCUUGAGAACCUCGAUUUUGUCAAAGACAGUCAAUUCACUCUAGGCGGCAUGGCCGACUCGACAUACGAGUACCUUCCGAAAGAGCAUCUGCUCCUCGGUGGACAUACAGAGCAGUAUAGACGACUCUACGAGGCAACCGUGAAUCCAAUCAAGGAGAACUUAUUGUUUCGCCCGAUGACUUUUGACAAGGCUGACAUUCUCUUCAGCGGCACACGGAUCGGCAAGCACAUGUACUAUGAAGCACAGCACCUCACCUGUUUUAUUGGGGGCAUGUUUGGCAUCGGGGCGAAGAUCUUUGAUCGCCCGGAAGACUUGAAUACGGCGCGGAAAUUGGUGGACGGCUGUAUUUGGGCUUACGAUGUCAUGCCAACAGGAUUGAUGCCUGAAAUUUUCACGCUGAGUGCAUGUGAUAGCUUGAACGAAUGUGUCUGGGAUGAGCAGACGUGGUUGAGGGGCUUACGCAAGGGCUCUCGUAAUAACGACGUUAGUGACGCGGCAAUGCGGCAGAUGGCCGUAGCCGAACAUCUUCCUCCUGGUAUGACAAAGGUUACUGAUACCAGGUAUAUUCUGCGACCCGAGGCAAUUGAAUCUGUGUUCAUCAUGUACCGUAUCACGGGCGACAAGGCGCUGCAGGACGCUGCGUGGCGCAUGUUCACGAGCAUUGAAAAGAUGACGCGAACCGAGAUUGCGCAUGCCGGCAUUCAGGACGUACGAUACACGGAUACGGCGAAGUUAGAUAAGAUGGAGAGUUUCUGGAUGGCAGAAACACUCAAGUACUUUUACCUUAUCUUUUCAGAGCCGGACCUGAUUAGUUUGGAUGACUAUGUGCUGAGUACCGAGGCGCAUCCUUUCAAGCGCGUGGCGUGA